AUGAGUAAAGUUAAAGAGAAACCGAUUGUUUCGCAACAGAAAAUAUAUAUCUUUUCAGAUAGAAAGAUAGCUGCCAAAGUAAAGAAUAAAUUAGAAUGCGAUUCCCAAAAUUUUAUAAUAAUAACUAUUGAAAGAACUACAAUGACUAUUGGAGCUGAAAUGAAUGUCGUAAUAGAUCCUGAUCAGUGUAAUAUCUCGUUUAAAAAAAGCAAAGAAAAUGCAUUAUACUUAGUAAAGCAAUUACCAGAUAAAAGUACAACAAAAGAAGAAAUUCUUGCGAUCUCCCCCGUUCUGUGGAUCAGUGAUCAAUGCAAUAUGAAAGAAUUCAUUCAAAAUUCAGAAAAAAUUACUUCAUUCGCCUUUAAUCAAAGCGAUUUCAAUAUGCUUAUGAAUUUUUCGCACAAAGAAUUUAUUGGUAAUACAUUUUAUGAUAGUUACAAUAAUUUUUAUAAUUCUCUUACAAAGAAAACAUAUUAUCACUCACUAAUCAAGCUAGCUCUCGGUUUAAUUCCCAAUGGUAAGUUCCCAUCGCCACAUCAUGCUGCAGAAAUGUGCUCUCUUUUUAUAGAUAUUCUCUUUUCUUGUCCAAAAAAUUUGAAAGACCAGCAAGAACAAGUUCAAUCGAUUUUUGAAAUACUCAAAGAUAUUCUGCAUAAGUCUAAAUUGGAUAUCAUCAUUCCACCAUUAACUUACUUGAAAAUUGAGAAAAUUAAAAUUGAUAAAAAAGAAAAAGAAGAUUUAUAUCAGCACUUCAAUUAUGAUUUGGAUUUUAGUGAAUAUUCCCAAGAAUUAUUGGAGCAUAUUCUGUCAUUUUGUCCAAGACAUAUUAUUAUUAGGACAUAUCAUCCAUAUUAUCAUAAAUUGUUUUGCACACUCCUCAAAAUAGCUUCAAAAGAACGAGCUGUGCCCUCAGAUAAUGACAAAUCAUCAAUCAGAGAAAUGAUAAAAUUACAUCGAACCAAUAUUACGUUUUUAACUAGCUUUAUUGACUUUGCAAGACCCCUUCUUAGUCAAAUUGAUAUGAACAUUGAUAGUAACAUAAUUCCUGCUGAAAUUGACUCAGAACCUAACCUGAGAACAUCAAUAGUCAAUUAUAUCAAUAAUGUUAGUCCUCCUAUUAAGAAAGUUAACUGUCCAAACAAUGCUGUUAUCGAUCAAUUUUUGAAUUUGCAAUUUCCAAAAAUUGAGCCAUUAGACGAUGAAUUGGCUUUCUUGGAUUAA